AUGCCCAGCUAUUUUCAGCCAAUAGAUAUUUCAAUCAUAUCGGACUUUGAAGAAAUUCAUAAAAUUAUUAAGUCUAAGAAAGCUUCUGCUAUUGACAUAAUAGUAGAGAGAAGUUUUACUAGAAGUGCAAUUCCAGAAGCUGCUGCAACAGAAAUGGCUUUAAAUACUAUGAUAUAUCUUAUUUGGUGUUUCAUCUUGAAUCAUCCACUGAAUAAGAUUGAAGAAGCAACCAAACUGAGUGCAAAGACAAUUGAUACUUUUAUGGCAGAUAUUCAAAAAGCCAUUUGUCAACAUAUUAGUAGUAAUGACACUUUGAUUGGAGGAGAAGGAAUUACUAUUGAAAUUGAUGAAUCUAAAUUUGGAAAACGAAAAACAGCUGACAAUCUUUUGGAUAUUAUCCAACGUCAUAUUCUGCCAGGCUCUAUCAUUCACACUGAUUGCUUUAAAUCAUACAAUCAGUUAGAAACCCUGGGAUCACUGCAAAAGGAGAGUGGAUUUGGUCGAAUUUUAUUUUUUGAAUUUUGGCAAAAUUUGGAAAAAUAUUUCAAACACUAUCGGUUUUCAAUAUAUUUUUUCUUUGAGAUGGGAAUUCGCAAUUUUUUCUGA